AAGUCGUGUUUGCUGUAACUAAGCGAGGCUUGAAACACAGACGUGCUCAGGAAGGAGGAAGUGGAAGGGGACGCUGACAGCUAUGGAAGGAUCACACGCCAGUCACAGGAGGAGAGGAGGGAGAAACCAGGACCCUGAUGUGCAGUUAUCAAAGCUUUUAUCGUAUGCUUUGCGCCAUGGAGCCAGUGAGCUGGGUUUGCCCAUGGGGUCAGACGGCUUUGUUCCAGUUUCUUCCCUGCUUCGCCUACAACAGUUUCGCUCCUUUUCCCAGAAUGACAUUGAACGUGUAGUCAGGUGUAAUGAUAAGCAGCGAUUUACUAUGAGAACCUCUGAACCCGAGGGAACACUGGAAAUUUGCGCUAACCAAGGACAUUCAAUACAGGUGGAUGUUAACUUCACUCCAUUAGGAGCAGAACUUCCUCCACAAGCCAUACAUGGGACGUAUCUUCGUCACUGGCCUUCAAUUCUCCGCUCUGGCCUCUCUCGUAUGAACAGGGCACACAUCCACUUUUCGACGCAGCUUCCAGGAGAAGGGGAGGGUGUGAUCAGUGGCAUGCGUAGGGACUGUGAACUCGCAAUAUUUAUAGACCUUCCAAAAGCUACGGCGGACCAAAUCCCAUUCUUCUGGUCUGUUAACCGAGUCCUCCUCACACCUGGGAAUGCUGACGGAGUCCUCCUACCUAAAUAUUUUCUAAAGGUUCUUCAGCUUAGGCCUCACAGAAGACUGCUUGAACUUGAAUGACUGUCUAAAAACUUCUCAAAUAAAUUAUUUUUAACACCUUGAAAGAAAUUCGGACUCUUCAGCAUUAGAGCCGGCAGCAUGGCACUGUGCCCCUUUAGCUCUGCUUUACUCUAGAGACGUCAGUGAUGACCCAUAGACUAUAAUGGCGGGGUCCGAGCAGUCAGACUACCACAAGCAAACAUGUAUUAUGUUAUCUUUAUUUUUGUACAGUCCAUUCGCUAUAUGUACUACACCCGUAUAUCACACAGACCCAUUCAAGCAAGAUGUACAGUCCUCUUGACAAUUGGCCUGUGCAUCAAAACUUGCAGCAUGCACCAUUUUUGUCUGUUUUCCAUCUGACACAUUCAUUCAAGUAACAUAGUCGGUAAGACUGAAAAAAGCCAUACAUCCAGUUCAGCCUGUGAUCUUGCAAAGUUCCAGAUGAA